AGGACAACAGCUAGAACAGCAGGAUUCCACCAGCAAAAUGUUGGCCGUUCGUCCACUGUUGACGAAGGCACUGUUGCUACCAUCAACCAACGGUGCCGUACAAGUUCUACGAUCAAAAGCCACCCUGCCGGUGGUCGAAAAAGAUAAACCGGAAAAACUUCCUUACUCUCCGUUCGGCACAAAGCAGUCCAACUGGGCGGACUGGACUGUCGCUCGGCUGGAUGAUGUGCUGAACUGGGGCCGCAAAGGUUCGAUCUGGCCGCUAACGUUCGGGCUGGCUUGCUGUGCGGUAGAGAUGAUGCACAUUGCCGCACCUCGCUAUGACAUGGAUAGGUUCGGUGUGGUAUUCCGUGCUUCGCCCCGUCAGGCGGACGUUAUCAUCGUGGCCGGUACGCUGACCAACAAGAUGGCACCGGCUCUGCGUAAGGUGUACGACCAGAUGCCGGAACCACGCUGGGUUAUAUCGAUGGGUAGCUGUGCGAAUGGUGGUGGCUACUAUCACUACUCGUACUCGGUGGUGCGCGGCUGUGAUCGGAUCAUACCGGUCGACAUCUACGUGCCCGGCUGUCCACCGACCGCGGAAGCCCUGCUGUACGGUGUGCUCCAGCUGCAGAAGAAGGUCAAGCGCAUGAAGACGCUGCAGAUGUGGUAUCGCAAAUAAUUAACUUCCGUUCAUUUCUCUGUUACUUUGGCGUGUUUAACGAAAUAAAAUUGUAGAUCGUA